GUCCAAAGAAGAAUAUCAUUCUUCAUCAUGCUGAUGCACCCAAGGUAAAUCCGGCCAUAACACAUUCUGUUCAUAAAACUCCAGUAUCAGAUAUAAUUCACUUGGUCUUUGUCCAGAAUGUUGAAAAAAUUUCAGGUUGCAAAGAAGAAAGCUUCAAAAAAAUCGCACCGGAUAAUCUUUUGUUGCUAGGAGGAUCAACCCCAAAGAUGGUCAGAACCGAGCCUAGUAGGAGUAUGAAGGACCAUCCACUGAAGAAGAGAGGCAAUUCCAAAGUCCAUAGCAGAGGCGUGAUCAUAUCCUAUUUGCUGAAAGAAGAGCCACCUGAUGCACAAUCCAUCCCCAAACCGAAACAAUAUCAAGGUAAGACCUUAGAAUCUCAAAAGAAUAUGAAAGCUGACUUGCUCUAUCUUGGUGCAGGUUAUCAAGUUUUGAGGUUGAAACUUUGUUAA